AUGCCACGAUACUAUUGCGAUUAUUGCGACACGUACUUAACUCACGACUCGCCGUCUGUGAGGAAACAACACAAUGCCGGCUACAAGCACAAGGCCAACGUGCGCACGUACUACCAGCAGUAUGAGGAGGAGCAGACACAGUCCCUCAUAGACCAGCGCAUCCGCGACCACCUCGGCUCCGUCCCCAUCGGCUCCGGCCUUCCCAUUGGGGCCGCCGCUGCAGCAGCAGCAGCCGGCGGCGGCGCUGCCCCCGGAGGGUUCCCCCAGCAGCUGCUGCGGCCAGGCAUGCCGCCCAUGGGCCUGCCGGGUAUGCCGGGCAUGGGUGGGAUGCCGGGGAUGCUGUUUGGCAUGCCGGGUGGGGCUGGACGGGGGGCGGUGCUGCCGCUGCCGGGGCAGUUCUUUGACGUGCAGGGCAUGCGGCCGCCCAUGGGUGGCAUGAUGCUCAUGCGGCCCUCUAGAUGA